UGUUGUGGAGCGCGACCGGAGGGGGAGAGAGCUCAGGAUCGGCGCCUUCUCCUUGCAUGUUGGGGUCGUGGCCUUGGUCCCUCUGUGCAAGGAAAGGCUUCGGGCUCCUUUAUGCACGUGUGUGCGCUUGGGGCGUGAAGUGCCCGUGGGUCGGCAUUAGACUGCUUCGGGGACAGAAGCGAAAGCCAUGGGCGGGACGGGCAGCACCCGCCGGGUCACCUUCGAGGCGGACGAGAAUGAGAACAUCACCGUGGUGAAGGGCAUCCGGCUUUCAGAAAACGUGAUUGAUCGAAUGAAGGAGUCUUCUCCAUCUGGUUUGAAGUCUCAGCGGUAUUCUAGUGGUUAUGGUGCCUCAGUUUCUGAAGAAGAGUUGAAAAGAAGAGUAGCUGAGGAGCUGGCAUUGGAGCAAGCCAAGAAAGAAUCUGAAAAUAAAAAACGACUGGACCAAGAGAGGGCUACUGCCAAUGAGCAGUUAACCAGAGCCAUUCUUCAAGAGAGAAUAUUAAAUGAGGAGGAACGCUCUAAGGCAAAGCACCUGGACAUUGAAGCCAAAGCUAAGCAGUUGGAAGAGAAAGACCGAGUGAUAAAGAAGCAGGAUGCGUUCUACAAAGAACAGCUGGCUAGACUGGAGGAGAGGAGCUCAGAAUUCUACAAAGUCACCACUGAGCAAUAUCAGAAAGCUGCUGAAGAGGUGGAAGCAAAGUUCAAGCGGUAUGAGUUUCAUCCAGUCUGUGCUGAUCUGCAGGCCCAAAUCCUCCAGUGUUACCGCCAGAACACCCACCAGACCCUCAGCUGCUCUGCUCUGGCCAGUCAGUACAUGCAGUGCGUCAAUCAUGCUAAACAGAGCAUGCUUGAGAAGGGAGGAUAAAAUCAGCUUUUAAGGCAAGCAAAACUCCAUCGACAUUAAUUCCAGAGGUGGACCUUUUUUCUUUUCCCCUAAGAAGAAAAUAACAUAUUUAAAGAGAAGAACAUUAAAGAGAAGCACCAAAGAGCAGUCGACAGAAGCAUAUCACAGUUUGAUCAGCAACAAUUUGAAAAGCCAAGGCCUAGAGCAGCGAUCAGUCUUAUUAAAGGACACUCUUCAGUAUUAGUAAAACCUAUUUAUGAUUAUUAAAAGGGAAGCUCAGACCUCUCCACCUUUUUGUACUUUCCAUUCAAAUUCUGAUCAUCUUUCUCUAUAACCAGGCUCCAUCCUUUGGUGAAUCUCCACUCUAACAAAGAGGGGAGGGGCCUAAAUUAAUUCGAGGAGAGGGCAUAAAAUGUCCAUCUUGGGGCACCAAUGCUGGAUGGAACCACGUAGGCUGUGGCAUGUGGCUUUUCUCUCUUUUUCUGUUCUCCUUUGAGCUAUUUCAUUUAAACUUAUGGUGAUCAUGCAAGCAAGAAGACAAAAAGAGAAAAUGUACCUAUUUUACUGGAAUAAUGUUUAUGAUUACAAGUGAAAUAAGGCAUUUUUUUAACCAACAUAAAGGCAACCUUGGCUUACACAACCUCUUCUCUAUCGUGUAUACUGACAUCUAUAGUUCAGUCAACAUCAAUAAUAAAUAUAUUUUCUGACGAAGACUGGCA